AUGUCUGAGGCACCCGUAUCGAGCUCCGCCUCAUCAAAGGAAAACAAAAAGAAGAAGGGCUUCAACAGCCAGAAGUUCUUCAUCGACCUCGCUUCUGGCGGGACAGCUGCUGCUAUUUCGAAGACCGCUGUUGCUCCCAUUGAGCGUGUAAAAUUACUUCUACAAGUGCAAGAUGCUUCGACGACGAUUGCUGUCGACAAGCGUUACAAGGGAAUCAUUGAUGUGCUCGUUCGCGUCCCCAAGGAACAAGGUUUCACAGCGUUCUGGAGAGGUAAUCUCACAAAUGUUAUCCGCUACUUCCCCACGCAAGCACUCAACUUUGCCUUCAAGGACACCUACAAGAACAUGUUCCUCAGGGGAGUCGACAAGAACAAGGACUUCUGGAAAUUCUUCGCCGGAAAUCUCGCCUCUGGAGGAGCUGCUGGAGCCACGGCGCUUUGCUUCGUCUACCCGCUCGACUUUGCUCGGACCCGUUUGGCCGCCGAUGUUGGAAAAGGAGCAUCUCGAGAAUUCAAGGGUCUCAGUGACUGUUUGGUGAAAAUCGUGAAAUUGGAUGGUCCGAUCGGUCUCUAUCGAGGAUUCUUCGUGUCCGUGCAGGGUAUCAUCAUUUAUCGCGCUGCCUACUUUGGAUUGUUCGACACGGCCAAGCAUGUCUUCAGCCCGGGUCCAGGCAAGAAGCUCAACUUCUUUGCUGCAUGGGCUAUUGCUCAGGUGGUGACUGUCGGAUCGGGCAUCUUGUCGUAUCCUUGGGACACCGUUCGCCGUCGCAUGAUGAUGCAAUCUGGUCGCAAGGACAUUCUCUACAAGAACACAUGGGAUUGCGCUGUAAAGAUUAUUAAGAACGAGGGAAUGAGUGCCAUGUUCAAGGGUGCCCUGUCGAAUGUCUUCCGUGGAACUGGUGGAGCACUUGUGUUGGCCAUAUACGAUGAAAUCCAGAAGUUCAUU